GAAAGAGAUAAGCAGCCACUUUACUCUUGAACCAUUCGCGCCUAUUCCGUCCCCCUCCAUCUCCUGAUCUCUAUUCUCCAAUGGCACCAAUGGCGUCGACAUCCCUUCUCACCCCCGUCUCCUUCCCCACGGCCGCCGCCACAGCUCGCCGCAGCUUCUCCACCCACCGCUCCCCCUCCGGCGCCCUCCCCCGCCUCCGCCUCCGCCCCCGCUCCCGCCGCGCGUCCGGGCUCGCCGUCUCCGCAUCGGCGGCCUCCCCGCCGCUGUCGCUCGACGCCCUGAUCUUCGACUGCGACGGCGUCAUACUUGAGUCGGAGCACCUCCACCGGCAGGCCUACAACGACGCCUUCGCGCACUUCGGGGUCCGCUGCCCGCCCGCGGCCGACGCGCCGCUCGACUGGGACGAGGCCUUCUACGACGACCUCCAGAACCGCAUUGGCGGUGGGAAGCCCAAGAUGCGAUGGUACUUUGGGGAAAAUGGGUGGCCUUCCUCAAAGCUAUUUGAGACGCCACCUUCUAGCGACUCCGAUAAGGAGAAGUUAGUUGACAUUAUUCAGGUAUACCUUUUUAUUUCCUUGGCUCCAUGUCUAAUACAAGAUUGUUUGGAAUAUGUAUGUUCCCCAGUUCCCACAAGUCAUCUGUUCAAGGUAAACAAGACAUCUGUUUGCUCAGUCAUCUUUCCACUGUUGACAGAAGCACUUGUUUUGCAGGACUGGAAAACAGAAAGAUACAAAGAAAUAAUCAAAUCUGGAACGGUGGAGCCUAGACCUGGUGUUUUACGUCUGAUGGAUGAAGUUAAGGGUGCGGGCAUCAAGCUUGCUGUUUGCUCUGCGGCAACUAAAAGCUCAGUGGUACUGUGCCUAGAAAACCUUAUUGGACUUGAACGAUUCAAUGGUCUGGACUGCUUCCUUGCUGGCGAUGAUGUUAAACUGAAGAAACCUGAUCCAUCAAUAUAUAUUACAGCAGCAAAGAAAUUAGGUGUGGAAAGCAAGAACUGCCUUGUAGUAGAAGACAGUGUUAUUGGACUACAAAAAUUCCUUUCUUUUGAUAGGCAGCUAAAGGAGCAGGGAUGUCAUGUAUAAUAACAUAUACACCUUCAACUGCUAACCAAGAUUUCAAGGAUGCCAUUGCAACCUAUCCUGACCUUAGUAAUGUGAGGUUUGAGGACCUCAGGCUGCUGCUCCAAGAAGCUGUUGUCACUGGAUAGUGCAGUUUCUUGCUUUCCUCAGGAAAUGCAUUGACCGUUUUUUCAUGUGUGAUGCACCAUGGUCAAUAUUCAAGCUGCAUUGUUAUCCAUCUUAUUUGGGCCUCCUGGAAUCUUCAAGACCCACCAAAGUAUUUGGGAACAAAGAUCAAGUGAGCAUACUCCGGUACAUUAAUUCUUCGUGAAUCUCGGUAUACUUUGUAAAUAAAGACGGAGCAAACAUUUGUUUCGGCUGCGGUGGUUGGUAGUACUGCUGGUGAACCAAAGGCUGUCAUUUUGUUGAAUACUUAAUGGUUGAUGUUAGAUACAGACAAAAAAUAUACUUUGAUUACCAAUGGAUAUUAGCUUCCAAAACAUUGGCCAGACUGCUCUAUUGUGCAUAGGAUGUUUCAAGCAACUAGCAAGUGGUCAACUACAGGCUGCAACUGCUGGGGAACCAAUGUUGUGUGAAGUAAAAAUACAAUUGUUGGCACAAAAUAUUUUCUUAAAGUGAAGAAGGUUAUAUGAUUUUGCUUA